AUGUCCACUAAAGGUCAGAAACAACAAUUGCCGUUCCGUUAUGCAUUCCUCGCUGGUUCGAUCGCAGGGGUCUCUGAGACUGUCGCCAUGUACCCAUUGGAUGUCAUCAAGACAAGGUUCCAAUUACAAUCUGUUACGACAAAUAGACAACUUGGGUUAGUAUCUUACAUCACUAAAGUUCUUCGUAAAGAAGGGCUUCGUCAUAUUUUUAGAGGAAUAACUUCACCAGUUCUGAUGGAAGUUCCCAAACGAGCUACAAAAUUCUCAUGUAAUUCUAAAUAUCAAACUUUUCUUCAACGAAUCUUUGGUCAGAAUACUUUAACACAAUCAACUACUAUCAUAGCAGGUGCAAUGGCAGGAUCUACUGAGGCAAUUAUAAUUGUACCUUUCGAAUUGGUAAAGAUUAGAAUGCAGCAAGUAUCAUCUGUCUAUAAAACACCUGCUGACUGUUUGAAAUCAAUUAUUAGGAAAGAUGGUAUUUUCGCAAUGUAUACAGGUCUUGAAGCCACAAUGUGGAGGAGUUCAGUUUGGAACAGUGGAUAUUUUGGUUUGAUGCAUUUCGUCAAAUCAGUUUUGCCACAUACAGAAAAUAAACGGCUACAGACAAGUUAUAAUUUUAUUGCUGGUGCUUUGGGCGGUUCGUUAAGUUGUUUCCUGAGUGUACCAUUUGAUGUUGUGAAAUCGCAGAUUCAGUCAGUUAAUGGAUCGUAUGUAACCAGGAGAAGUGGAUUUUAUGGGUCUGCUAUAUUUUCAAUCAUACAUAUGUACAAGGCCGAUGGAAUUUUUACCUUAUAUAGAGGCAUUACACCUAUUUUAUGCAGAUAUGCGCCAGGUGGAGGGAUAUUGUCCUCAGUUUACAACAAAGUCAACGACCUACUCUCUGAAUAUCAUCUACAGGGUCAGACAUCGUAG